GUUAUUUAUAUCUUGCCGCAUUUGACGCAUGGAAUAUUCAUGCGGACAAUAAUUUCUUUAUGUCACUUUGAUUCAGUUUUGUGUAUGGUUUUGUCAUAGUACACAGCUACAAGAAACUUUUCAUUUCAUUGUCUAAUAUAUACUAAGAAUUGUGUUUUUGAGAAGGCAUUUUUUUUAUAACAUCCUGGCCAUUCUCUGUGUCAGAUAGACAUAUUUGUUGAAAACCCGUUCAAAAUGGACGUUCCCAUUCACAACUUGUUCUUUACGGCAAUAGAACCGCCUUUUGUGACCAAAGGUAUCCGAAAAUAUUUCGAACGUUUCGGUGAGGUGGAUUUUGUACAAUUUCAUCUAGACCAAAACUUCGAACAUGGUUUUGUGCAAUUCAAAGACACUGAAUGUGCAAAAGCAGUUUUAUCAGAAGAAACGCAUUGUGUUUCAAAUUGUCGUUUAACGAUGAAUGCUGCCGACAAUAUUCAUCAGCCAAACUUCAAGGCAGAGAAUCUGGAACUGCCUCCACAGCAAGAUUCGUUAUCACAUAUUUUCAUCGCCCUUAAUGAUGAUUGCUUGAGAGAAAUAUUUCUACGUUUAAAGGCGUUGGAUUUAUCGAGAGCUGCUGAAGUUUGCGUCCGUUUCAAACAGCUAUCGACGGAGGCAUUUGCUGCUAUGUUCAAACAUUUGAAAUUCAAUUCCGAAACAGUAGAAUUCCAUCACAGAAGAUUUCAUCAUGAUUUCGGAGCUCUGUUCACCAAUUUCGGCCCAUUAAUCAAUUCUCUUCAUGUUGAUGGAAAUUGUAUGGUAAUAUGGAGAUUAGACCAUCUCAAAGCGGAAUUCCUUCACAUAAUCGGUCAAUGUGGUACAUUGAAUUUGCAAGAGCUCGAACUUACGAAUUUCACAAUAGAGUCCGAUUAUUUGGAUUCGAUUUUUCCAAAACUUGAAAAACUCACAUUAAAUUCGUGUAAUUUCGACGAAAAAAUGACCGAGUUGUUGGCAACUGCCAGGGAAUUGAAAAUAUUAAAAUUCUACAGGUGCCAGAUCCCUUUUAACCGUCAUCAGUACUGGCAGUGCAUUGCACAAGAAUACGAAAAGCUUCAGGAGAUAUACUUAAUUGAGAAUGGGUUUAAUGACGCAUAUUUGAAAAAUUGUAUGAUUUUGAAUCCAAUGUUGACUAGGCUAUCCAUCAAAGAACCGUUUAUAGAUAUAUCAGAAAUAUCGUAUUUGGCUGGACUUCAUCUGCCCGAUUUGUUGGUGUUGGAGAUUGAUUGUAUGAAUUCCACUCAACAUUCUAUUUAUCAGGACUACAUUUGGAUGCUUGAUCAACUAGCCACAAACAAUGUUUCGAUUCAAGAGUUGAGACUACGAGGUGGAAAACUUAAUAUUGAAGCAAUUGAUCAUAUUUUGCAACUGAAUCAAAUCACGAUCCUUGAACUGGUCGACAUCAAAGACCUAACUGAUGCACAUGUGAUUGAACUAGCAAAGAAGCUACCACAGCUACAAGAGCUUAUUGUCGACUAUAUAGUUCCGGCCACCUUGAAAAAGAUCGUGUCUCUUACAAAUAAGCUAUCAAUUAUCAAAAUAAUGGACAAAUACAACCAUAAAAUCAAUGAAGACGACUACAAUGCAAUGUUGAAAUCAAUUCAGAAGCGACCAGAACAAAUUAAUCUUUUGAUUGAAAUCACAAGUGAUGGAAACAAUGUGAACGUUUCAUCGGAAACUUUAACUGAAAACCAUCAUUUUAUUGACAUAAAAGAGCACAUCGACGACGCGGAUGUUUCCAGCGAAGAUUCCUACGAUAUUCACAACUACAGCGUAAAUUAUGACGAAAUUCAUUACGGUUACUUUGAUAUGGAUCUUGUUGACUCCGAAUAAAAACACUGUUCAGUUCCCGAACAAUCGACCUACGUACAUAUGAUGCGGUUGAAAUGAAAAUGAGACUUUCGUCGCUCAAUA